ACGAUUUUCUUAACAUUGUGGAUGUGUCUUUUCCCCCCGCUGGUGCGCGGGAAUCUGUGCCAUAGCAUCGUUUUUUAAUUCAUUUUUCCUCUUCAUUGCGAGAACUCACUGUCCGUUUUAUAGCCGUAACUCUUGUCCAUACGAUGUCCUAGCUGUUUCAGGUCGUGAGACGGUCUUUUUGAUGAAUGUCAAUAUAAUCUCUUUGGAAAUCAUCACGUAGGAGUCAGGGAGAGAGGGAGAGCGAGAUGGUGAAAAAAUAACAAGGAAUUCCAAUCAAAAAAUGUAAGAGGAUUUUUAUUUAGCAGCCAGUGAAAAGAGAUUAGUGCGACAGCAGUGGAAGUUAAAUUGUGCUGCAUAUAAAAUGGGCGGGCUUUUCUUUAUAUUAGGUCUGCACAGCCUAUUCUAAAAUUAAAUAGUCUGCGCUUGGACAUAGUCUGUUUGGUGUGCGCUUUAUUUACAGAUACGGUCGGUGAACAGCAAUAAUUUGGAGGGGGAUGUCGGUACACAGACCAGAUUUGGUAGUUUAGCAGAAGAUUUCUCCUUUUUUUCUUUUUUUUUUCUUUGCUGCUGACAGACUGAGAGUUGAACUCACUACGGCACCACCAAUGAACAGUGAGAGAGACCUGCGCAUAUCGUCAGCAGCCGCUUCUCCAGCCUCAAGCUAAAAUUCGUCAGAUCUGAGAUCACAGAGGAUUUUUUUCUCAUUCAGUCCGGCUAGAAAAGCUAUUCGUAAAAGUUUGAGGAUAUAGGCAGCGGGCAACGAAUAUACCCCGACUCAUCAGCUCAGUGAAAGGUCUUCAUAUUGCAACCAUGUGUGGACGGGGCCGGACGCUCUUUCUGUAUCUGUGGGCUUGCUUGCUUUUUACCAACAGCGUACUGUUUGGGAAAAGCUCUGGGCAGAACGGCAUGACAGAUCAACAGAAAGAUAACACUACAGUCUUCACAAAGAUCUUAGACAGCCUUCUGGAUGGCUAUGACAAUCGCCUCAGGCCAGGACUAGGAGAGCGUGUAACUGAAGUCAAGACUGACAUUUUCGUGACUAGUAUUGGGCCAGUUUCGGACCAUGACAUGGAGUACACAAUUGAUGUGUUCUUCAGACAAAGCUGGAAGGAUGAAAGAUUAAAGUUCAAAGGCCCCAUGGCUGUGCUACGUCUCAACAACCUGAUGGCCAGCAAGAUCUGGACCCCCGAUACUUUCUUCCACAAUGGCAAAAAGUCAGUGGCGCACAACAUGACCAUGCCAAACAAGCUUCUGCGAAUCACAGAGGAAGGCACACUACUUUAUACCAUGAGGCUUACAGUAAGAGCAGAAUGUCCUAUGCAUCUAGAGGACUUCCCUAUGGAUGCUCAUGCUUGUCCAUUGAAGUUUGGCAGCUAUGCCUACACUAGAGCUGAGGUGGUGUAUGUGUGGACUAGAGGGGCUGCCCAGUCUGUAGUGGUGGCAGAGGAUGGAUCCAGAUUAAACCAAUAUGAUCUGAUGGGGCAGCAUGUGGAUUCUGGUGUGGUCCAGUCCAGCACAGGAGAAUAUGUUGUGAUGACAACCCACUUCCACCUGAAGAGGAAAAUUGGUUACUUUGUGAUCCAGACAUACCUACCCUGCAUCAUGACAGUUAUCCUCUCCCAAGUGUCUUUCUGGCUCAACAGAGAAUCUGUCCCUGCCAGGACUGUCUUUGGAGUGACAACUGUCCUGACCAUGACCACACUGAGUAUCAGUGCCAGGAACUCUCUCCCUAAAGUGGCCUAUGCCACAGCUAUGGAUUGGUUCAUUGCUGUCUGCUAUGCCUUUGUCUUCUCAGCCCUCAUUGAGUUUGCAACAGUCAACUACUUCACCAAGAGGGGUUACGCUUGGGAUGGAAAAAGUGUGGUGCCAGAGAAGCAAAAGAAAAAGAAGGAAUCUCUCCUUAAGAAGAACAACACUACGGCCUACCCAGCUGCCACUGCUACAGCCUUCGCCCCCAAUAUUGCCAGGGACCCUGGAUUGGCUACUAUCGCUAAAAGCGCCCCACCACCCCCAACUGAGCCUAAGGAGGAGCCAAAGCCCAAGCCUCCAGAGGCCAAGAAGACCUUUAACAGUGUGAGCAAGAUAGACAGGAUUGCCAGAAUAGCCUUCCCUCUGCUCUUUGGAACCUUUAACUUGGUCUACUGGGCGACCUACUUGAAUAAGAAGCCCAAAUUGCAGGGGGCCAAUCCACACUAAUCAAGUUUUUCAUUCCUUUUAAACUAUACCUGUAAUUAUUUCAUUUUCUUAUUCCUAUAAACAGUGUUUAUUUUCAGACAACAUGGUGUCCAUGCUGGUUUCCAAUUCCCAGUUGUUGCAUUGCUUCUAUGUUGAACAAAAUUUUGAAGAUUUUGAAAAAACAAAAUAUAGGAAAAAAAAAUGAAAACAAUACAAACUUUUGAAAGAGUGUUGUUCAGGUCUGGGAUGAUGCUACUAGGAAAAUGCUACUUUAAAUAUAUAGCCAAGAGAAUGCUAUUCUACAACUGCACAUAGCCCAAACUUGUUGAGAGGCAUGUUUUUGUUGAUUUAUUUGUUACCUUUUAUUUGAUUCUACUUCCUUUAAACAUGGAAUCACAGAUACAGUGGGCAUUUGUGUAUAUGCAUGGACAGGACAUCUUAUAAUUUGUAUUUAUUUAUUCAAAAUACAACUCAUCAUUGACUGUUGGCUUGGUUUAUUUGACAUCAGCAGCAAAAUGCUACAGUCAGUCUCUUUCCAAAUAUCUUCCAUUGUUUGUAGACGUUUUAUGAGCCUAAUUAUACCAUUCUCCAUAAUAUGUUAGGAUUUCUGCAAUAGCAAUAAAACAUGUCUCAGUGGACACACCAUUUAUUUAGAGAUCAAAAGAUACAAAGAUUCAAUCAUGGUUGUGAUCAACAUUGAAAAAAAUAUAGUAAGUUAUUUUCACAGCAUUGUAAAUAUCAGGUGUUACAGAUGUCAGUAUUAUGUUUAGGCUUUGCAAAGUGUAACUAAAGGGUAAUUGUACACAUGGAGAGAAAAUAAUUUUUUGGAUUAAUUUGUUUUUGUUUCCUCUUUAUGAUACUUUCUACAAAAAAAGAGUAUAUACUGGUCUAAUUCAUGCUUAAGUGACUGUUUUUCACCAAGUUAAUGUUCCAUUCAAAGCUGCUUUUACAUUGGAUUAAAAUAUUAAACUGUGUGCUUGUGUACACAUUGACAGCAACAACAUCAACAACAAAAUCAGUGGUAAACUGACAUUGGCUAGUUAUGAAUAAGAAUGUAAAAAAAAAUAUAUCACAAAUCAUGGAGUGCAUUAGAUUUAGAA